AUGCGUGGUGGGACUAGCUCAGAGCUCUCCUCCCCCGCCCCACCCCAGCUUCCAGCUCAGACCUCUGCUAUGUGCAUAUUUGGCCGGACUCGUUUUAAACGCCGUCUCUGCGUGCUCCGUACUCCGUACUCCUGCUGCACAACAUCGAGGCAUGCCGACAGCGGCGACGAUCCUGCCAAAACACAGCGCAUCUCCGGCCGAGUCGUCCCGUCCACCAGUCGUCGUCAUCCCGCCGCGUCCGUCGUCCGGGCCCUGCUUGCUCUGCACCUGUCGAAUCGCCCCGAGCAGUUCGUCGGACAAUACGCCGUGUUGAGCUGGAGCUAG